GCGGAAGUAGUACGACGAUGUGGUGAUAACGGCGAGAGAUCGACAGAGAAGACUGAGCGGAACGUGUUUUGGCGCCAACAGUUCUUUGCCGUAUAAAUAUCUGUUUGUGAGGAUCGGCUUGAGAAGAUUUCCUUGGAAUAUUCGAACAAGACCCCAACGUCAAUCACAAUCUUGGCUCGUGAGUACAUCCAGCAGCUUUGGGAAAAAAAAAACCCACGUUUUUAUUUAUUUAUACUUUGUGAUUUUGGAUGUUUUCUUUACAGAGCUUUCAAAUCGUGAUCAAGUUGAACAGUACCAAAAUUUCUUUGAUUAAUCUGAAGGUUUAACUUUUCAUUCAAAUUUCCGAAGAGAACGAAGAAGCCAGGUCGAAAAACAGCAACUUUUUUUGAGAGGAAAAUGUAAUAAUAACAAAACAAACUUUGUUUCAGCGUUGUGGCCCACGAGUUCUUUGACUAUUUUAUAUAAAACCUUCUUUUUCCCACGAUGAAGAUAAUUUAUGUUAGUGUCUAUUACAAAAAUUUGAGGAUAAUAUAUUAAUUCUAAAUUGUUUGAAUGGCAUUGACUUGAAUAGUAUUCACUUCAAUAGUAUUGACUUGAAUAGCAUUGACUUGAAUAGCAUUGACUUGAAUAGCAUUGACUUGAAUAGCAUUGACUUGAAUAGCAUUGACUUGAAUAGCAUUGACUUGAAUAGCAUUGACUUGAAUAGCAUUGCCUUGAAUAGCAUUGACUUGAAUAGCGUUGACUUGAAUGCCAUUAACUUGAAUAGCAUUGACGGGAAUAUCAUUCACCUGAAUUUCAUAGACUUGCAUGGCUCUGACUUGAAAUUGUGACUUAUUUAUAACUUAUAAGUCACCGGAUGUUCAAAUUUCAUUCACCCAUUUCCUGUCUCAAUCAUAACGCGUAAUUGCUUGUCUUUGAGCUUAACUGUCAUAAUUUGACAGCGGCUUGACGUCUAUGUGAGCCAAUCUGUCAUAGUUCAAAAGAGAAUUGACCCGUAUUAUUUGUCCCAACCAGUCGUAGUUUGGCACCCCUACCCAUGCUAGAUGUAAGGCUUGAGUCAAUGUGUCCUACAUCGCAGCCAGGUGAUGACGGCAUGUCAUCUCUUCUUCCUCAGAUUGCCUAACAAAAAAGCGACGAAGCAAGAAAACAAGCAAGAAAACAAGGACGCAAAGAAGCAAGGAAGGUUCGGAAGCAAGAAAGAGAAGGGGGGAAAGCGCAAUCAAGCAAGGAAGCAAGCAAGGACUAAAGAAAAGAAAGAAGAAAGAUACCAAGAGAGAAAGAUGGCCCGCUUUUUGGGUGAGCACUGAAAUAACACUGCUAUUAUAUUUUAUGUUUAAUCUCUUGACAGUUUGGACUUGAUGUAACCAGUUGUUACUGAGACAUAUAAAGCUAUUUCUGUUUUACGCCAAUUUGGAAUUGAUGUAACCGGUUGUUACUGAGACAUAUAAAGCUAUUUCUGUUUUACGUCAAUUUGGAAUUGAUGUAACCGGUUGUCACUGAGACAUAUAAAGCUAUUUCUGUUUUACGUCCAUUUGGAAUUGAUGUAACCGGUUGUUACUGAGACAUAUAAAGCUAUUUCUGUUUCACGCCAAUUUGGAAUUGAUGUAACCAGUUGUCACUGAGACAUAUAAAGCUAUUUCUGUUUUACGUCCAUUUGGAAUUGAUGUAACCAUUUGUUACUGAGACUUACAAAGCUAUCUCUGUUUCACGUCAGUUUCGAAUGGAAACAAAACCUUUUUUUACUCGGAUGCGUAAAGCUAUUUCCGUUUUAUGUCUUUUUUUCACGAAAAAAUCUCAGGUAAUAUAUAUCGGUACAUUUAAAACUCGAUGUAAUAGACAAUAGUGUUCUCGUAAGAGGCAAAUGACAAAGAAUAGGAAAUUAAACUUAGAAUUGGACUGAUUAAGUUACCCUUCUACUCUGCAGCUGGAUUUUUAAAACAUAUAAUUAUACUUUAAAAAAAAAAUUUAAAUACAAAAUUCAACGAUAUUCAUGUCAAUAGAAUUUCAUAAUUUAAAUUUAUUAACAUAUAUAUAUAGUUUUCUUUUUAAAAUGUCUUUCAGCUUUCCUCGUGGUCUUGAUGUUUUAUGCAGGUACGUGCCAACAAUUUAACGUGUUUAAACAAAAAAAAGUCUAGCGUCUUUUUUUACGAGAUAGACAGUUUCAUAGACUUUAUGCAAUACAAAUGGUUUCAUGGCAACAGGCCGUAGGGCAUAGGUCUCAGUGAGUGUUUGGUCGAGAUGAUAGUGUUUGCUAUAAAGAUAUUAUUACAUUUCUCAUUCAUUUCUGUCUCAUCAGUCGAAGCCCAUAUUAAAGAAGACCCUAGCGAAAAAUGCAGAAUUUAAAAAAAAAAAAAAGAAUAUUUUUUUUUAGACCGGUUAACAACUUUGCUAAGCUUUCUUGUUAUCUGAUAAAUGAACGUAAUAAUAAGUAUAUCCCUGUAUUUACUCUAUCAAUAUAUUUAAUCUAUCAAUAUAUUUUAUCUUUCAAUAUAUUUCAUAUAUCAAUAAAUUUAACUAUCAAUAUAUUUAAAAUAUCGGUAUAUUUAAAAGGUAUUGCAGCUGCUGAGAGUGGUGAUAGCACGUCUGAAACAAUACCAACUGCUGAUACAACCACUACAACAACACCAACAACAGAUUCAACUGCUACAACCAAUAUAACAGCACCAACAACAGAUUCAACUGCUACAACCAAUACAACAGCACCAACAACAGAUUCAACUGCUACAACCAAUACAACAGUACCAACAACAGACACAACUCUCACAACCGCUACAACAUCACCAACAACAGAUUCAACUGCUACAACCGCUACAACAUCACCAACAACAGAUUCAACUGCUACAACCACUACAACAUCACCAACAACAGAUGCAACUGCUACAACCACUACAACAUCACCGACAACAGACACACCCACUACAACCGCUACAACGGCACAGGCGACCGCUACAACAGCGCCAACGAUAUCUUCUUCACCUGCAACCUCUACAAGGGCACCAACAGCAGCCUCAUCACCUGCAACCACGCCCACAGCACCAACAGGAGGUACAACAGCAGCUUUGACCACAAAGGAAAAACCAUCAACUGGUUCUGGCGUCAGCGUUACGGCAACGCCCUCAUCCGGUAAGUACCACGAUAGUCUAUGCAAGUCAGUGUCCUCUCUGUUUUCAGCACGACAAAAUGUCUCGGCGGCUACCGUCUUGACCUAGGAGGAGGCGAUCGUCUUAACGACAGAUGAUGACAAUGAACGUUUAUUUGGCGUUGAUGAAGACGUAGGCCGAAAAGUUUUAAAACUUCUUUUUACUAACACAGAUUCUUUGCUUCUCAUGCUAACCAAAUGUAUUUGAUCGUUAUGCGUUCAGCAUAGCUCAAGGGCUGGCAACUGGAAAAUAUGGUUUAUGUUUUUGUAUAUUAUUGUUCGUCCUUCACACUCGUAGAUGGCCAAGGUAAUAAUCGACUUGAGUUGUAGCUUUGAAUUGAGUAGUAGCUUUGACUUGAGUAGAAGCCUUGGCGUGAGUAGCAGCCUAGGCGUGAGUAGUAGCCUUGACUUUAGUAGUAGCCUUGACUUUAGAAGUAGCCUUGACGUGAGUAGUAGCCUUGACUUGAGUGGUAGCCUUGACAUGAGAGUAGCCUCGACGUGAGUAGAAACCUUGCAUUCAGUAGCCUUGACUUGAGUAGAAGCCUUGACUUGAGUAGUAGCCUUGACUUGAGUAGUAGCCUUGACUGGAGUAGUAACCUUGACUGGAGUAGUAGCCUUGACUUGAAUGGUAGCUUAGUCCUCUCGGAAAGCCAGAACUUUCUUCGUUUUUUUUUUUUAGCAAUCUAAUUCUAAAGCAAAGUCACGAGAACUCAGUGGGAGUCAGAGUUACGUACUUGAACCAAGUGGCAGAAAGUCACCUACGUGAGCUCAGUGGCAGUCAGAGCCACAUACCUGAUCCAAGAUCCAAGCUCCACGCACAGCUAUUGGAGAUUUUCACAGUAAUAACGAGCAUGCGAACAAGUCCCGCUUCCUCGCCUCCCAACCCUCCUAUUCACCAUCACUAUCCACCUUUCAUCAUACGACUCUCCUCCUCUUUGAUAUUAAGAAUUGUCUCCAGGGACAUGACACCAGUUCUAGUCGCAUCCAGGGACGUGGUCAGCUCUAUUUCCUUGUAGGAUAUCUGUAUAUGAUGAAAAUAAUUAAUUUCAACAUUAUUUUUGGCUCAUGUGUUUUUGAAAGCCAGCCUCUGUUGUAUCUCCAUAUAUGCGCGGCACUGUAUUAACAACGUAGAGAACAAACUCUGGUCUGCACGCUACGUUUCUCGUUCACCGCUUCCGCGUUCUAAAGUUUAGCAGAUCUGCAGAUCUCUUUGGCACCAGAUGUGCACAAUGUACUUUAAGCCACGACCAGAAGCUCAUUAUAGGAUAAAUUAGCAUGUAUCGUUUCUCCAUUGCAGAAAAUGAGACCACCGUCCUAGGCAAUGUGACCACCGCCCCAAACGGAGAAGAUGGAUCAAAUGCAACCACAUCAGCUACACUGGAGCAGACAACAAGUAAGCCAUGGAUCUUGCAUGUAAUCUGGGGGUCACUAUGAGAGGGCUAACAAUGGGUGCAGUAAUGUAAUAUGGCUUAAUAUAUUGAACAUUAUGUAACAUCUCUGGUCUCUUCUGUGGUAUCAUCUCUCGUCUCUUCACUGGUCUCACACCGAGACUCACCUAUGGUCCAAUAUCUGGUUUCAACUCUGGUAAUGGCUCUGGACAUAUGUCUGGUCCCACUUCUGGUCUCAACGGUUGUUUCAACUCUGGUCUCAACUCUGGUCGCAUCUCGGUUCUAAUUUCUAGUUUCAACUCGGAUCUCAUCUCAGGUCUCAUAUCUAGCCCCAUAUCUGUUCUCAAGUCUGGUCUCACGUCUGGUUUCAACUCUGGUAAUGGCUUUGAACUCAUAUCUGGUCCCACGUUUGGUCUCAAUUAUUGUUUCAACUCUGGUCUUAACUCUGGUCUCAUCUCGGGUCUUACCUCUGGUCACUUCUUUGGUUUCCACUCGGGUAAUUUCUCUGGUUUAAUAUAUAGUCUUACGCUUGGUCUCAUCUCUGAUAUAAACUCUAUUUUUCACUCUGGUUUCAUUUCUGGUCUCAUAUCUAGUCCCAUACCUCCUCGCAUGUCUGGUCUCACGUCUGGUUCAUCUCCGGUCUCAACUCUAGUUUCAACGCUGGUCUCAUCUCUGGUCUCAAAUCUAGUUUCAACGCUGGUCUCAUCUCUGAUCUCCAAUCAGGUAUUUGACUCUAACACCGCAAAGAAACGAUUUUAACAGGGAGCUGUUUGUCAAAAGAAAAUAUUGUAAAGCUUUUAACUUAACUUUAAUUCUUUCUUCAUAACAAAUAAAUAAAUAAAUAAAUAAAUAUAUAUAUAUAUAUAUNUCUCGCUAUAUAUAUAUAUAUAUAUAUAUAUAUAUAUAUAUAUAUGUAUAUAUAACCUUUGGCUUUGGAUUAGGAAACCUCAUUCCCUUCUGUAUGUUCAACUCAGAUUAAAAGUGUUUAAGAACUCCAAUACUUCAUUUACUGUAUUAUUUCAUUCUGGUUUAAAGUUUGAUUUCUCUAAUAAUGCCGUGGUCGACAUUCGUACUGAUGUAUUGACAUUCAUUGUUUUCUUUCCACCAGACCAAGGAACCGUGCUGAGUUUCUACGGUCCAGUUAUUCUUGUGACCGCCGUCCUGAAGUUUCUCUGAGCGACUCGAGCAUCCAGGAGAUCUGAGACUUUGAGCAAGCAGGGAUUGUGUGCGACGUUCAGGAGAUCUGUGGGCUAGGAAAGAUCCUUGCUAAUAGAUUUAUGAUUGACGUGACUUGUCUGGGCUGAUGCGAUUGAGUGUUGCGAGUUUUUGUAUUUAUUUAUCUUUCAUGUAUAUUAGCAUAAAUAUAUAUUUAAAAAAAUUUAUAUUAGAUAACAAUACGUGGGUAAAAUGAGGAAUUCGUUUUUCUUUAGUAUUUUGAUGUGUUGUUAAAAAUUCAACAAGUGACCUGAUCUAACAUUUGUGGAGGGUUAAAUACUUUGUAAAGAAACUUUGAAUGCUUUAAAAGAAAACUUCAGCAUUGUUUGUUUAUCAUACAAUCCAUUCAUGCAAUGCUGUUACCUUGGUUGCAAAACUUUGAAAAUUUAAGGAGCUUUUAGGAUUGAUAAUCCAACCAAUUUUGUUUCUAAAAUCAUUUGGUUACUUGAUACAUUAUACCUUUUAUUAAUAACAUAAAUUAUAUAUCCUGAUUAGUUUUUUUCUUGCGCAAUGCUGAGAUUAGCCGGAACGGAGUUUAAUUUGUCACACCUCUGUCCGUCACAUUAGUCACACCUCUGUCCGUCACACUAGUCACACCUCUGUCCGUCACACUAGUCACACCUCUGUCCGUCACACUAGUCACACCUCGGUCCAUCACACUAGUCACACCUCUGUCCUUCACACUAGUCACAUCUCUGUCCGUCACACUAGUCAAACCUCUGUCCGUCACACUAGUCAAACCUCUGUCCUUCACACUAGUCACACCUCUGUCAUUCUCACUAGUCACACCUCUGUCCUUCACACUAGUCACACCUCUGUCCGUCACACUAGUCAUACCUCUGUCCAUCACACUUGUCACACCUCUGUCCUUUACACUAGUCACACCUCUGUUCGUCACACUACUCACACCUCUGUCCUUCACACUAGUCACACCUCUGUCCUUCACACUAGUCACACCCCUGUCCGUAACACUAGUCACACCUCUGUCCGUAACACUAGUCGCACCUCUGUCCAUCACACUUGUCACACCUCUGUCCUACGCACUAGUCACACCUCUAUCCUUCACACUAGUCACACCUCUGUCCGUCACACUAGUCAAACCUCUGUCCGUCACACUAGUCACACCUCUGUCCAUCACACUUGCCACACCUCUGUCCUUCACACUAGUCACACAUCUGUCCUUCACACUAGUCAAACUUCUGUCCGUCACACUACUCACACCUCUGUCCUUCACACUAGUCACACCUCUGUCCUUCACACUAGUCACACCUUUGUCCGUAACACUAGUCACACCUCUGUCCGUAACACUAGUCACACCUCUCUCCAUCACACUUGUCACACCUCUGUCCUACGCACUAGUCACACCUCUGUCCGUAACACUAGUCACACCUCUGUCCUACGCACUAGUCACACCUCUGUCCUACGCACUAGUCACACCUCUAUCCUUCACACUAGUCACACCUCUGUCCGUCACACUAGUCAAACCUCUGUCCGUCACACUAGUCACACCUCUGUCCGUCACACUAGUCACACCUCUGUCCGUCACACUUGUCCCACCUUCUUCGUCCGCCACACUUACACACCUUCUUUUGCCAGGACAGUCUAAUGAACACACAGUUGAUGCUUUUUGCUGAAAUGACCACCCAACGAAACUACGUUUAUAGACUCGCAGAUUCAGUCUGUUUUGACUGUGUAGAUAUUACGUAUUAAAACAUAUAUUUAUUGCGCAAACUUUUGCAUUUAUGCUUCCAUAUUAUGUUGAUAAUGCAUACUAUCAUGCCUCUUAAAACUUGGGGUGUAGUGUCGCUUGUAGUUAACGACUAAAUUUUUGUAUCCAUUGUAUUUAACAUCUUGAUCAAUUUGUUAUCAAUUGUUUUUAACACUUUGAUCAGUUUGUUAUAAAUUUGAUUUAAGAACUUUUCUAUUUAAAAUGUACUUUUUAAAAAAAAAAUCUUUCCUUAGCAGUGUGUGUGCGUGUGUAUGUGUGUAUGUGCGUGCGUCAUCUUACUACUAACCCCCAUAAAUUGUACCUAUACCUACAUACAUAGCUAAUAGUAGUGUUGAAAACUAAGCGAAAUGUAGCACGAUUUGGUUAUUGGUGGUAGCUACCACCACUAUUUAAUGAUUAUCGGUGGUAACUUCCAUCACCACUUAUGGGUGACUCAAGGCUAUUAAAAGAAACCCUUAAAGGGGAAUUUCAAGUCCAAACACCAUGACUCAGGGUCGGGAUUUAAAGCAUUUCGUUUUGGAGAUUAUAUAAAAAGAAUACCCGAACAGUUAAUGCUAUGAGUUAAACAAUAAUAUUUGACUAUUUGACACGAUCUAUAUUCCCCUUCUGUAGGUCCUAUUAUAUUGAGCCAAUAUACAUCCACAGUCGUAUGUCGCCUUUUACAUGAAACUGCAAGCGGUAACCCAUUUGCCAAAGUAUUUUAUAAGUAUUACAAGCUUAAUUCUCAAUAACUAUUUUUAUUGAUGCUAAAAUGUGAUAUUUUAAUUUAUAUUUUAUAUAUUUUCUUAUUACAUGGUUGCAAUUUCCUAUCAUGUGUGAUAAAAGUCAACAAUAAGGUAGCAGUUAUUUACCCUUGAAUAACAAAUGUGAUCUGUGAUAAAAGGGGAAUUGCAUUUGGUAAUUUUUUUAAAUAAAUGACUUUUUUUUUUCUUUUACUUUUACAAAAAAAAAAAGCAAACCUAUUUAAAAAGUAUUGCAUUCUUUAGAAGUGCCUUUUCGG